UUUGUUUUUAUAUAUUAUACAUGUAUUUUAUUUUUAUAAUGGGGUUUAUGAUUGUUUUUGACAAAUGAAUAUUUUUUUUCUGAGGUUAAUGGGUGUUAUAAGCAUUCGUUUUUCUUUAUUUUCAAUAAUACAAUGAAGCAUUGAUUCACGGAAGGUGGUGUUUUGACUUUCGAAGCUUAAAGAGAAAAAAAUAAAAAAGAAAGUUUUUUUUGGAGGAAGGCUUUGAUACUUUGAUUAUGAAUCAAAAGCUUUUUUGUUGUUUGAUGGAUUGAAAAAAGGGUCUUUCAAGUGUGGAUAGAUUUGAUGGGUUUCAACUUUCAAGUGAUUCUCUUUCUCUUUUUUCAUUUUAAUGGAAAAGAGAUUAAGGCCAGUUAGAGUCUCAUUCUUGAUGGUUUUUCUUCAUGGCUUUGAUUGGUUUCUUGUUCAAUGAAACAGAAGUUUGAUUUUUCGGUGGUCAACUGUUGAUGGGCUUGAAGAAUUUUUGUUUCUUUAGCUCUGUAUGCUGCCUAGGAGUAUUAUUUCUGGAACAGUCCCUUGAUUGUGUCCCUUCUUCUUCGAAGGAGGAGGAAAACAAAGAAGGGAAGAUAAAGGGAAGCUUUGGGUUUAAGGUCUUCUAGCGAUUCAAGCAUUUGAAGUGAAUUACAGGGAUAUAAGAAAUGGCAGAAGAGGGUAAUUCUUGGAUAAGGAGAACAAAGUUUUCUCACACAGUUUGUCAUAGAUUGGACACAUCUAGAUUGGUCUCCUUUCCUUUCCACCUACAAGCAGACAGGAAUCCAGAGAGUUUGGGGUUGAAAGUAAGGUCAACAGUAGCUUCUUCUAAUCGGAAAUCUGUUCACAAUGAUCCACAGAUUCAGCAAAAUCCAAUCACAAACAAGCAAAGGUCUGUAUCUCCUCUCCCUCAGACUGUUCUCUCUGAUGCAUUUAUGGAAGCAAGUUCUGAGAAGAGGAGAUUCUCAACUCCUCAUCCUCAAAGGAAAGAAUCAGACAAGCGAAUGAAGGGUAAGUUUUUCCACAAAAAAUCCCAUGACAAGAAAGGAUCCAAUUCAUCGGCACCAUCAAAUUCAAGUCCUCUUAGGCACUUGGGUUCCAUGAAAGUUCCUGAUAAGUCAAAGAGCAGGAAGGAGUCGGCUUGGACUAAGUAUUUUGACCAUGCCGGAGGAAGGGUUAAUGCUGUAGAAGCAGCUGAUGAACACACUGUUGAACUUUCCCAGCUAUUUCUUGGGCUUAGAUUUGCUCACGGUGCACAUAGCCGGCUUUAUCAUGGGAUAUAUAAGGAGGAAGCUGUUGCAGUUAAAAUUAUUAGAGUUCCAGAUGAUGAUGAAAAUGGAAACCUGGCCGCUCGAUUAGAGAAACAGUUCAAUAGAGAGGUUACCCUUUUAUCCCGACUCUACCAUCCGAAUGUUAUAAAGUUUGUAGCAGCAUGCAGAAAGCCACCGGUUUAUUGUGUUAUAACAGAAUAUUUAUCGGAGGGUUCUUUGAGGGCUUACUUGCACAAGCUUGAGCACAAGUCACUUCCAUUGCAAAAGUUAAUUGUUAUUGCUCUAGAAGUUGCUCGUGGGAUGGAAUACAUUCAUUCUCAAGGAGUCAUUCAUCGUGAUCUUAAACCCGAAAACAUCCUUAUUGAUCAAGAUUUCCACCUGAAAAUUGCUGAUUUUGGUAUAGCUUGUGAGGAGGCAUAUUGUGAUCUACUGGCAGAUGAUCCAGGGACUUAUCGGUGGAUGGCACCUGAGAUGAUAAAAAAGAAAUCAUAUGGACGGAAGGUGGAUGUGUACAGCUUUGGACUAAUCUUGUGGGAAAUGGUAGCUGGAACAAUCCCAUAUGAGGAUAUGAAUCCUAUCCAAGCUGCUUUUGCAGUUGUGAACAAGAAUUUGAGACCUGUAAUCCCAGCAUACUGCCCUCCUGCCAUGCGAGCUUUAAUUGAGCAAUGUUGGUCGUUGCACCCAGAGAAAAGGCCUGAAUUUUGGCAGAUAGUAAAGGUGUUGGAGCAAUUUGAGUCCUCACUUAAUUGUGAUGGAACCGUGAAUCUGGCACAGAACCCAACUUGCCAAGAUCAUAAGAAAAGGCUCCUUCAUUGGAUCCAAAAGCUUGGUCCCGUGCACCCUCACUCUAAUGCGUAUAUUUCACCUAUUCUUAAACCUAAAUUCACAUGAAUCUUUAUGGUGACCUGGCUUUUGUAGUUCCACCGGGCCAAUUGUAAUUAAAAGGUUGCUUUUCCUAAUCUUCUUUAUUUGUACCUUAUGUCACAUUCAUGUGAGAGUGAAUGAAAAAGAUUGGUAGGCAUCCAUGGA